UUAUUGGAGCUUUUCUUUGUAUGUGUAAUCAUAAGUUAGCUAGCAAGUUUGAUUCAUUAUUGUACUUGUAGUCAAGUCUUAGAUAGUUAUUGCUACAAGCUUCUUUUAGAUGAUCCUUCUUUCAACAUUUUAUCUAUUGAUAUAUUCAGGCUGAUGAUUUCUUUUCUCUUUCUGUUUUCAUGGGAUUCAACUCUGAUCAGCACUUCCAAUAUCAUCUCUCUUUCCAUUUCUUUAUUUCAUGAUAAGGGACUUCCACAUUGCAAAGAGAGAGGAAGAUAUUAGUACAUAUGCAGGUUAUGUAGGUUCUGCAUAUAUGCUUGGAAGAGCUCUGACAUCUAUUUUUUGGGGAGCAGUGGCUGAUCGAUAUGGCCGAAGGCCAGUUAUAAUUUUCGGCACUUUUGUAGUGGUUAUUUUCAAUACUCUCUUUGGUCUUAGUGUCAACUUUUGGAUGGCAGUCAUUACACGGUUGCUUCUCGGUUUAUUAAAUGGUUUGAUUGGACCUAUAAAGGCAUAUGCUGCGGAAAUUUUUCGUGUAGAAUAUCAAGCACUGGGAAUGUCAACGAUUAGUAGUGCAUGGGGCAUUGGAUUGAUUAUUGGCCCAUCUUUAGGAGGCUUCCUUGCUCAGCCUGCAGAGAAAUA